CUUGAACGCGGGAGGCAGAAAAUCUCUACUCAAAAGUAGAAAAGCAGAACGCUGAAUUGAAACAAUGUUUUUACAAAAGCUGUUGCAGAUAAUAUUUCAAAUUAUCCUAGUACUACAGUUCAUCGCCGCCAGUACAGACGAAGUCGACGUGGACGAACUGAAGUUACAAAUCAGCAGUCAUCUGAGCUACACAGCGCGACGUCUGCGGCUUGUACAACAAAAUGUAGAAGCUCAGUAUGCCGAGGAGUUGGAGCAGUUGCUCGCACGUUACUUAAAAGCCGCCAACGCUGAAGAUCCCCUAGUGGAAGAGAAGCUGCUACUCGAAUAUGAAGGCGAACAGCGACAGACGUUUAUGGGCUAUCUCAGUCUGCAAUACGACGAACAGUUCCUCAAUGAGGACAUACGCAUACAGGAGUGGAGUAUGCGACAGUUGUUGUCACAGCUGGGUGGUGGUGGUGGUGGUGGUGGCCCAGUGGCUGAGGAAAUUGAAAAGAUGCUGCCAGCGUAUGAAACCGCAGCGAAAAUUGAGGAUUUCGAUAAGAAAUAUGCGGCUUUUGCGGAAAUACAGGAAGGCUUUUCGCCGGCCCUUUGGCAGCUACUAGAUGCCGAACCUGAGGAUGUGAUGUUACUGAAUGUACAGUUGCAAUUCUUUCGGGAGUUUUUAAUGUAUCUGCUGAAACACGAAGAUGCAAGGCAGUUCACUGUGAAGUUGAGAAAUGUCCUUGCCGAGGUGGAGGCGGCACUGGCGAGUGCGGAUGUGAAGCAAAAAGUGGGUGUGCUCGAUAGUUUUGAUGAUUUGACGACGAAAUUCGGACGAUUUUUUGAUUACAAAAUAUUGGAAUUUGAGUUUGAUCGGUUUGGGCGUUGAAGUUUUUGGUGAUCGGUUAAAAAUGUGUUCAAUGGGUUUAAAUUGUGAAUAAAUUUUAAUAUUGAAAAAUUUUUGUGAAAAUAAAAUAACUC